UGUACUCACCCGCUAAUUCCUCGAAGAAUCCACUACUAACACAAAAAUGCAUCUCUGAUUAAAUCGCGCUUCAAUCAUCAACUAGUCGUCGCCAGCGACUGGUUAUCGUCCACCGAUCGUAAGCGCGGUCGUCCCGGAACGAUCAUGCGAAUCCCCGAAAAUGCGCAGGACCAGCAGCAACGGUCUCAAGCUCGACCUGACGGAGAACACGCCAGCAGGUAGCUCGUUGUCGCGGCUGCCGAAUCUGGUCGAGCAUGCGGAGACCUGCCAGGCGCUGUCCGGAACCGGUGAGAAUUUGAGCAGCAAGUUGCCUAACGUGGUCGAGGGCUCGAUGGACUAUGGUAGCGAGCGUAGGUCCUCCCGUUACCUGGAGUACCAAGAGAUCAAGUCCUAUCAAGAUCCCCAAUCGUCUGCUUCGGCGGCGCCGGCCUAUCACGAGGGAGCCUAUCACGAUCAGUCGAGGGGAUACCGAAAUUACGAUCGAAAGACGGGCAUCGGCUUCGAUCGGGAGAACCUCGAAAGGCAGUUCGACAACAGAAUCUAUCCGGAGGACGGGCUGAGAUACGCCGAUCCUCGCGUGGAUCAGCGAACUUAUCAGGAGUCGGAUCUGGACGCGCCUUACGAUCGAAACGACGCGCAGAAGCUCAGCAGGGCUUAUCCGGAGUUGUCGGACUCGAGCAGACGAUACUCGCGCGAUCUGACCGAUUAUGAGUACGCGUCGCGUUACGCCGAGGAAACACUAAAGCUGGAGCCUAAGAAGGAUCAUCAUCAUCACCAUCAUCCGGGCAAGAUCUACGAGCCGGCUGCCUCCAAGGGCUAUGAGUCAGGCGUGAAGACUCACGAUUCUGCUUACGAUCUCGGUAAUUGCUCUGGACAGCAAGAACCACCAGCCAGACAAUAUGAGAGUAAAUAUCACUCGGUCAGCAAGAUGUAUGGCACUUUGCCCAGGUACGAGAGCACCAAGUCCUAUGAGCCGACGUAUGAGUCCAGGCCUACCUACGAGUCCAAGUACGACGAACAGACGUACGAGGGCGGCAGCAAGGGCGGUUAUGAUUCCAAGUAUGGGUUAACGACCUCGAAGAGCUACGAGAGAUCCAAGUACGAGAGUACCACGUCGUCCAGAUAUCAGGAUAAGUCUUACGAUCAGACCCUGAAGAUCGGCGAACUAGGUUCGUCCUCGUCCGGUGCAUACACCAGAAAGCAUCAGGAUCAGGAAGAGACCGGUGCGGAGAAGAUGAACGGUUACAGAAAGAGUAAUUUCGAGGCCUACGGGGUCUACUCGGAUCCUGAGGACGAUCACGGCUUUUUGGCGGAUAAAAAAGCACCUCAGUACACUUACAAAGGCGUCGUGGUGAAUGUUAGCGGUGAAUCCGCGGUAGUCGAUCAGAAACGGUCUAAAGAUAGCAGGCAAACCGAGGUAAUCAGAAGUCCUUGGUGCAGGCCGACCAUCCUGCUGCUCCUGCUGGUGCUCUUGGUCGUCAUCUUUGUUUUCGUCGCUGGAAUAUUACUGUAUUUCAAUUACAUGUCCUACACGCCGCGUCAUCCCACUAUCCAGGAACCCUGCGAGGAGACUUACUGCGCUUGGGGUGCGAUGUGCGUCGUGUCCGAAAACGGCAAGGGUCUGUGUCAGUGUCCUGCGGAUUGUCCUUUGACUUCUGAUCUUGUCUGCGGCUCCGACGACGUGACCUAUACAAACCACUGUCACUUACAGCAGGCGAACUGUCACAAGAGGAAAAAGACCAGGGUGAAACAUCAGGGUGCAUGCGAAAUCAAGGAUCCCUGCUUGAAACUGAAUUGCUCGCAAGGCUUGCAAUGUGUGCGAACCAGGGACGGCAAGGAGGCGAGUUGCGAAUGCUUGGAAUCUUGCCCAAAUUUAGGGGAUCACGAGGGUUCGGGACCUGUCUGCGGCACGGAUGGCAUCGACUAUCCGACGUUGUGCGACCUAAAUCGAGUCGCCUGUGCGAAAGGUGCUAACAUCACCGUUGCAUUUCGCGGCAAAUGCGAUCCCUGUGGAAACGUCGAGUGCGUAGAACCGGAAAUCUGUCAGCUGGACGGUUCGAGACAACCAGCUUGUCGCUGCGGAGAACAAUGCGGCCUCGAAUUUUCACCAGUAUGCGGAAGUGAUGGCAAAACGUAUUCGAACGAGUGCAGCCUUCGACAGGAAGCCUGCCGGUCGAGAUUACCGCUCAAGAAAAUCUACAACGGCGCCUGCAGUACCGGACAAAACCCUUGCGAAGCAGCAAAGUGCAGUUUUUACGAGCAAUGCGCAAUCAAUCGUCAAGGGAUCGCCAACUGCGAAUGCGGCCCCGAAUGUGAACCGGUGAUGAGGCCCGUGUGCGCCCGCGGUGGGACCACCUACACGUCCAUGUGCGAGCUAAAGAGACAAGCAUGCCUGACGAGGAGCAACAUCGACGUGGCUUACGUCGGCACGUGCGGCUCCAGAGGACCCUGUUCCGAGAAGGUGUGCCAGUGGGGUGCAAUUUGCGCGGAGAACGGCGGCAAUGCUGUAUGCGAAUGUCCGACUUGUCCGGCAGAAUUUCAGCCUGUGUGCGGCGAUGAUGGCAUCAGCUAUAGCAACGAGUGCAAGCUUCGCCUAGAGGCAUGUCAGCAUCGACGGGAAAUACGCAUUCUGUACCAAGGAUUGUGCAAUGGCUGCGAAAACAAGAAGUGCGAGUUUUACGGCCAAUGCGAAAGCGACAGCGCUGGAGAAGCCAAAUGCGUCUGUCCCUCGAAAUGCGAGAGUUCGGUGAAAGAGCCGGCAGGAGCGGAAAAGGUUUGCGGAUCCAAUGGAAUGACCUACGAUAAUGAAUGCGCCUUGAAAAGGGCGUCGUGCAUGAGCCAGACCCUCAUCACCAUUAGCUACGUGGGUGACUGCGAACUGUGCGCGAGGGUGAAGUGUGAACACGGGGCGCAUUGCGUGGCGGGUGUGUGCGUGUGCCCGAAGUCCUGCCCGGAGAGCAGCGGCGAGCUUGUUUGCGGUAGCGACGUGAAAACUUACCAGUCUGAGUGCGAGCUGCAGCGAGCAGCCUGCGGCAGGGACCCCAAGUUGCCGACGUUGCACGUCACGUUUUACGGGGACUGCGGCGACAGAUUGGCCGUAGCGGCGUUAACGACCAAGUCGACACUCGCGGUGACUCGCGUGGCCACCACCAUCGCCGAUGUGACGAGCACACAAGAGCGCGAGGCUUGCAAGGAUAUUCACUGCGACUUCGAGGCGACCUGCGAGCUCGGCCCGGACAAGUUCCCCAGGUGCAGCUGCAGAUUCGACUGCGCUUCCAUCUCGCCGGAGAAUAUGCGGCCCGUCUGCGGUAGCGACCUCAGAAUCUAUUCUUCUCUCUGCGCCAUGAAGAUGGAGGCUUGCCAGAGACAGCAGGAGCUCAGACUGAGGCCCCUCGAUCUCUGCGAAGGCAUGGAAGUCAAGCCUUGCAACGGUGACCCUCCAUUGGUAGAUUCCGACGGUAAAGAAUACGACUGCGGUAGUGGACCAGAACGCAAAGACUGUCCUAGCAAUAGUUAUUGCCAUCAGACGACGCGAUUCGCUCGUUGCUGCAAGAAAGUCCUAGGAAACCAAGUGCAAAAAUGCGCGGAUUCGUGGCACGGCUGUUGCCCGGAUGGGAAGACCGCCGCCCUUGGCCCGGACGGGGCCGGCUGCCCGAGUUUGUGCAACUGCAAUAGACUCGGAAGUGUGUCAGAUACCUGCAACCCGGAAACCGGUCAAUGCGAGUGCAGGCCAGGUGUGGGCGGCCUUAAAUGCGACAGAUGUAUGCCGGGUUACUGGGGACUGCCGAAAAUAAGCGAGGGCCAUCAGGGAUGCAUACCGUGCGGCUGCUCACUAUUUGGUUCCGUGAGAGAGGACUGCGAGCAGAUGACAGGACGUUGCGUCUGCAAGCCCGAUAUUCAGGGGCAAAAAUGCACAAUCUGCAACGAUCACAACAAGAUACUUACGCCCACCGGAUGUUAUUCAGCGGACACGAUACCGCCCAUAUCUACGUCCUGCAACGAGCUGGAAUGCUACUCCGGCGGCCACUGCAUGGAGAUCGGCAGCGUGCACUGCGUCUGCCCGUCCUCGUGCCCGGCGGACGUGCCGUCCGUGCCGGUGUGCGGUAGCGACGGGCAGACCUACGACAAUGAGUGUGAGCUGCGGCUGUACGCGUGCCGCCACCAGGCCGACGUGGUCACCCAGGCUUUCGGCCACUGCAGAGACGACCCUAUGGUUAACACGGACUUCCCCGUUAAGAGAUAUACAGCUGUACAAUAUACCCAACCAGCGGCUGCUAUUUCUCCAUUGUCCAAAUCCACGCGGCAUCUCUUGGUACCGGAGCCGGACCCACGAUAUUAUUAUACUCAUCGAGCUCAUCAAGAGACCAUCACCAUCGACAGAGAUAAUUUAAAACAUGGAGUAGCUGCGGCAUAUCGACCGACGCCAGCGACGAUUCGAGUGGUCACCGCUCUUCUGGGUGAUCUUUGCAGCGACGACAAGGAUUGCACAAUACCUAACAGCGAAUGCUCGAACGGCGGCUGCAUCUGUUCCGAGGGCUACGCGGAAACCAGCGAUCGGCAGGAGUGCUUCGCCAAUUACGUGCCGGUGACACCGACCGAGGAAUUUCGCGCCUGCCUCUCGUAUCCCUGUCACAUGACCGCGACGUGCAUCGACUUACCCAGCGCAACUUUCCUCUGCCGCUGCCGGCCAAAUUAUACCGGACUUCUGUGCGACGAGGAGAUCAACAAGCGAGAUUACGAGAUACCGUCCUUUGACGGUAAAAGCUACGUCAGAAUGAGCCGACUGAAAGCAUAUCACAAAUUCAACAUCGAGGUCGAAUUCAAAACGUACGCGGACAACGGAAUCAUACUGUACAAUCAGCAGAAGAGCGACGGCACCGGUGACUUUGUUUCGUUGGCUAUUGUCGACGGAUACGUGCAAUUCAGAUAUGACUUGGGCAACGGACGUGUAAUUCUCACGUCAUCGGAAAGAGUGACUAUGAAGACGUUCCAUAGAGCGGCAGCUAAAAGAUAUCACAAGGACGGAGUGCUGAUCUUUAACGAUGGCGAAAACGUGGGCGGGGAGAGUCUGGGAAUUCUGAAGUCUUUAGAUCUGAAGCAAGACACUUUCAUCGGAAACAUGCCGACUAAUUACACCAGGGUCUACGACAACAUCGGUACCAACCAUGGAUUUCUCGGCUGCAUACGCAAACUGAAGAUCAAUCGGAUCAACGUGGAUCUCCACGUGGGUCGCGACAAGGACGUUCUCGAGAGCUAUCGCGUGAAAGAGUGCGGUGACAAUGCGUGCGCUAAUUUGCCCUGUCAAAACGGCGCGACAUGCCAGCCGAUCUUCGAGGAGGAUCUGUGCAACGGCCGGGAAUGUAGGAGGUUGCAAAAAAGAGGCAGAGGCAGGAACAAUCGAGGCAACAAGGGUGGAGUGAACAUAGUCAGAUGCCGAGGUUCCCAUUGCACGUCAAUCGAGAAAACGAGGAUCAAGAAGAACGCGAAGAAACACUGCGUCACCGGCAAUUGCAAUUACGAUUACGAGCUCAAGUACAAGAACAAUUACGACCAUAGCAAUUACGCUGUCGAGAAGUACGAGCCGUCAGACUACAGAUGCAUUUGCCCGCCGCAGUUCACCGGUAGGAACUGUGAAGAGUCGCUGGAUCCCUGCAUCGAUGAACCUUGCCAGCAUGGUGCCACCUGCGACAUCCUGCCGCAGGGAGGAUACGUGUGCAAGUGUCCUCCUGGUAGAACCGGCGAACACUGUGAGAUCCUGGACGCCGAAUUGACGGAACUGCUGAUUCCUGAGAUGAACGGUAACGGAUAUCUGGAGCUGCCUUGCCUGGAAGGCAUCGCGAAAGCGUUCUCCAUCGAACUGUGGUUCCUCACUCGCGCGAACGACGGUCUCCUGCUUUAUAACGGCCAGUUGAACAACGGCAGGGGCGAUUUCAUAAGUUUGAACUUGAUCCACGGUAGACUCGAAUUCAGAUUCAAUCUCGGGAGCGGUAUCGCGAACAUCACAUCGCCUGAUCCAGUCAGUCGCGAUAUCUGGCAUUGCGUGAGAAUCAGCAGACUUGGUAGAGAGGGAGUACUUCAGCUCGACGAUGGAAUCGUCGCUAGAGGAUUAUCCGGAAGUCCUCUCACGGAAUUGAAUCUGGAAAUGCCGCUUUAUGUCGGUGGGGUCAAACACUGGCGGGAAGUUCAUCGUCUGUCCGGAGCCUGGACCGGAUUGGUAGGCGCCGUGCAGAGACUAAUGGUAAACGGCAAAACAUACCAGAACCUCGCGGUGAAUAUUACUCAACACAACACAGAGAUUUACGACGGUCUACCAUGUCCCAGCAACGAGAAUCCUUGCCAUAAUGGCGGAGUCUGCCUUCCACUUCUCAACAGUUAUCUCUGCAAGUGCGCCAACGGUUAUAACGGCCUGCACUGCGAAUACUUUACGGGUUACGACGUGUCCGGUACCGAGAUUUCGGAGCGACCUGUGCGUUUCGAAGGUGACAAUUUCCUCCAAUUCAAGCACCGCUACGGAAGAAGUACUAACUCGACUAACACUACCCUCGGCGAGUACUUUGAGGAGUCCUACUCCGACUACGACUUGGAGGAGGAUGUCGACUACGAAUACGACACUUACGAUUACACGGAACGCAGGGGACAACAAUCGAACAAGUUCGAGUUACGGUUAAGAACAGUACAUCCCGAGGGCCUCAUCGCGUGGGUGGGAAGAGGAAAGUUGGAGCACUUCUUUUUGUCUUUGUACGACGGUCACGUAGUGCUCACUUAUAAGAGCAAGAUUGAAAAUAUAUCCGUAAAAAGCAAGGAAAGAGUGGACGACGGAGUCUUCCACCACAUCCGAGCGACUCGACGACGGAAAGCUUGUACGCUCCAAAUCGACGAGCACAUUCCGGUCAAGGUUUCGAUGGAAACGACGUUGUUGACGACCAACGGCAAGCUCUUCGUCGGCGGCAAACCCGGUCAUCCCGGCAUCAAGGGCUGCGUUACGGAUUUCAUCGUCGACAAACGACGAUUGCCACUGGCCAGACGAAAGAUCGAUUUCUGCCACGAUAACGACGUAUGAUAACGAACCCCAAGUUCGACGAUCGUCAACGCGACGUCGACAUUAAAGAACCCCGUCGACCUGACGACGACGAGCGAAUUAAUCGCACGAUUUGAGCGCGAACCUUCGUAAAAAUAAUAAGAGAUGCAUCACGUCGGGCUAAGAUCGAAGAUCGCCUAAAUGCCGACAACGAUAAACAUAACGAAUUCCGAUGACAGAACCCCAUUGAAGACUCAGUGAGCGUUCCUGCUUUUCCCAUAGCGAAUUAAUAAACUGAACGUGAAGUAUAACGAGAAACGAUCGAGAUAAAAUAUAAAAGAAUCGUGUUCAAUCCGAUCCGAUUGCGACAUGUUGAUUCCUGCCAGAGUUGUACGAAGACUUGGAUCACAUCCAAAUAGUCCUCGAUGAGCGCCUCUCGGAAAAGAUUAAGGCCUGAUUUUUAACACUAUAUCUUUGGAGAAAAUUCUCACAUAAAAAUGCAAAUCAGACAUUUUGUUCAGAAGCCUGGUAUUGCAUUUUCUGUGCGAUGAUUACGGUAACAAAGUCAGAGUUUCAGAUUGAAAUUAAAGAAUUGAUUACAAUUUCCAAGAAAGAUUUUUGAGAUAUUUUUGGGAAAACGGGGCUUAAACCCGAAAAAGAAACUGGAUUAAAGGAUCUCCAGUUUUAAAUUUAACAAUGAUAUGUCAUUAAAAUGAUAAGGAUUGGAAUAAACCUAGAAUUAUGCCUAGUAGUGGUAUUAUUCGUUUAAAAAGUCUGAACGAGAAGCCAGAGCCAGAAUGAGAACCAAGAACUUCCAUUUUAAGAUGCCGCAUGUCUUAAGGAGACGCUACGCUACCGAAGAGUUUCAAUGAUUCUAUCGUUAUCGCGUGUGAAAUAUGCGGACGCUAUUAGAAUUUUUACCGGUGAAUUUUAGGAACUUCUUGAGUACUGCUUUCUCUCAUAGGGCCAUCCAAUAAAUAAGAAAUAAGGGAUUAGAAAAAAGUACUCUGAGUCUAGUGGCGCAGUAUUCAAUCACUCGUUAUUCUUCGAGCUGACCACAAAUAUCGAGGCUUAACCAUAGAGGAAAGCUACAAGGAUCGAUCGUCUCGCGAUUAUUUCACGUUAUCAUCCGGAGAUCAAUCAUCAGAAUCAAUCAUCGGGAUCGUCGUCGCACGGAUGGAGGGGAAAAUGAAACAAACGGUGAACUAAGUGCUACAUUCUCAUCGAAAGACAAUAAUAUAUUUUUAAGGUACGAGAUUAAUAUACAUAUGAAUACAUAUAUAUACACAUAUAUAUAUAUGUAUGAAUCUAUCUGUAUACGCGUAUGUGGCGGAUGUGUGCGUGCGCGCACAUUUAGCGAAUUUAGCGAAAAGAGAAGCGAGGUCGCUUAUGAAGUGACCGUCGUGUUAUAGAAUCUGUACUUAUAAGUUGUACUGCACAUCUAAACGUUUUACAAUGCCAAGACUGAUUAAAGCGAACGCGAACGGACGGUGAAAAAAGAGAAA